AUGGACGAUUUCGACUUCGACUUCGCGACGAUCUCCAUCGCGCCCGACAAUCCUAGCAGGGAUGACGACCCCAUGCGAGGAUACGUCCCUGUCGACGAGGACAGCCAGUCCAGAGCCGGGGUGUACUGUGUGAUUGCAUGA